AUGUGGCAGAGCGUCGGGCUGACGCUGCUGGUGAUCGUGGCCACCCUGGCCUGUGUGCUCUUGUUCAUGCUGUGCGGUUGGUAUGUGGUGUGGCAACUGUUUUUAUCUAAAUUCAAGUUCCUGAGAGAGUUGAUAGGAGACACAGGAUCCCAGCAGGGGGAUAAUGAGCCUUCAGAGUCUGAAGCUGAACAGGAGACUCCACCCACUCCACAGAGAGGUAGACCGAAAUCAGCACGGCAAAGAAGGGCACCAGCAGAAGAAGCAACUUAA